AUGGUGAGCUUUAAAGUAGUUUUUGCUCUGCUGGUUACAAUGGCAGCAGGAGUUUCAAUUGGAUUAAUGUUAGCAAUUGUUGGAUGUGCUGUUACGUGGGGAACUCCUCAUCCCGAAAAUUGGUUUGCACUCAUCACGCUGCUCUGUUAUGUGAUGGCUCCAUUUCCCGAUAUUAUUGCAAGAGCCUUUUCAUCACGAGUGGAGAAAGAAGAUGAAGAUGAUGCCACCGUUUGGGAACAUUUUGGAGCCUUCUUAUCUGCUUUCAUCGGUACCAUUGGAUUAGGAUUAUUAUUUGUGUUGGCUCAUACUGGAAUUAUUCAAUGGGAAACAUUUGCUUUUGAGAUUAGUGGUGGAAUAGUCAUUCUUUUGACCAUGGUUGCCUCUUUCAUUGUCUUUAAGGUUGCUAAACGUAGAGAAGAAGCCUCCGAUAGUUAUUAUUGA